AUGCCACUCGAACCCAGAGCUAGCUGGUUCUCCUCAAAAUGCGUUGAGGCACAGCAGUUGACUGGACAUCUAGGGGUAAAGCACUGUUUCAGCGCGGGCCGCGAGAGCCGUACCAAAUCGAGGCAAACUCUGAAUACUAGAUAUCCCUGGCAGGUCAAGUCGGCCAGUGAGACGAUGUGGGAUAAGCUUCAUCGUCGAGAGGAAAAUGAUUACACCCCAGAUCACCAGCUAAGGCCCCUAAAUGAUCGUUCAGUGAUAAAGGAGGUAGGAGUGCAGAGACAGCCAGGAGGUUUGCCUAGAAGCAGCCACCCUUGA